CAAAAUCAUAUGAUAUCAGAAAAGAUCAUUAUGGAAAGUCAGUUGUUUUAAUUCAAAACAUUUCCAUUCACGAAGAAAUUGGUCUGUAAAUUUUAUUCGGAAAAUUUGUUAAACGAGAUUGAAAGUAUCAGAAUUUUUGGCACACAGAAGAAUCCAAAGUUCCGACAUGACGCAAAUUUAUGAACAUUCCCAGAAAAGAGAACUGAAGAACUAUCACAUCAAUUCCAAUCUUUACAAGCUCUAUAAAAACAACAACAUCACCGACGUUCACUUCAUAUUCACCGAUGAGAAAAAGCAAAUUGCUGCCAACAAAUGUCUCCUGGCCGUUGCAAGCCCUGUAUUCGAGAAAAUGUUUUAUGGUGAACUGAAGGAACCUGGAGACAUCACAAUUGUUGAUGCGACACACGAUGCAUUUUUGGAAUUCCUUCAGUUUUUCUACUGUGAUAAAUUUGAACUAACCACGGAUCACAUAAGUGAGGUGCUCACCCUGGCCGACAAGUACGAUGUUGCUGGCCUGAUCAAUUUGUGUGUACAGUUUUUAGAGUAUUACUUAACUGACCAGACGGUGUGCUGGGUGUAUGAUUUAGCGCUAAUGUUUGAUCUAGUUCAUCUGAUUAAUUUGUGCCAAGAGAAAAUUUCUUUGGAAACCGUAACAGUAUUCACAUCUGAGUCAUUCCGAGCAUGCGGAGCGAAUAUUUUGAGCAGAAUUUUGGAAAUGGAUGAACUAAGUUGUGACGAAAUAUUUGUUUUCCAUCAGGUUAUGGAAUGGGCAACGGAAGCAUGUCGUCGGUCGAUGAUCGAACCGACCAUGGAAAACAAAAAAUUGGAGCUUGGACAAUGUUUUGAUUUAAUUCGAUUUCCUACGAUGUCAUCAGAGCAAUUUUCGGUUUGUAUUGCGGAGGACGGUCUGUUAGAUGGUAGUGAGCUAAUUGACAUUUUGGGAUAUCUAACGCUGAGGCGAACUCUAAAAACAAAACGAUUUUCCACUCAACCGAGAUGCGGUAUACCGGCGUGGACAAAAGAUAAGACAAUCGUUAAUUGUGACCGCAGAUCUUUGCCGAAUCUUUGUAAAUUGGUUACCAGAUGCCGGGACGUAACGAAUUUUUCCGUUAACGAACGCAUUUUGCUGGGUCAACUGGGAUUCAGUACAUUCAAAAGUGAAUCGGUUGAUCACAAACAUGGUCAAUUAGUCAUUAAACGGUCUUCCUGUCGCGAGCUUCCAUUGCACAGUCAGACCAUUGAAAUAUCCACAAGUUCGUUCACCAAAAUAAUGCUACAGAAACCGAUCAUCUUGCAACCAUUCGAGCAAUACGAAAUCGAAACGAAAUGGGAGUUGGAUGACGGCGAAUCGUUACUGUUUCGAACUGACUGCCGUAGCGAGGUAAUGCUUGAUGGAGGCGUUCGGUUCCAAUUUCAACCGGACGAAAAUUUAGAUUACGAUAAUGUGAGUGAAGGACUGGUGUAUGGAUUGUAUUUCAAAAAGUGGUGAAAUAAAGGGGGAAGCCCAGUAUGUCUUGAAGAAAAGUCUUUGCUUAAAGAUGAUGGUUAGAUAUGGAUGUUCAAUUCAGUCAAGUGGAAACAAGUUCUUCAAUACGUUUAAAACUGAACGGUCAUAAGCAGCGUCGAUAAAAUUACAGAUGUCGAGAAUAAUGUCUGAUAAAAUUAGAGCAGUUAGCGGAUCCAGCAGAACGACUAUCGUACAAUCACAAAAAACGGUUACUGUAGAUCGAGGUUAUAACCUACAAGUUCACAAUGAUAGAAUGGUUGGUGUAACACUCGAUCAUAGUGGGGGAUAUGCUACAGCUGGAUAUGAAACUAAGAAAAGAGUGUGUCUUCAAAACUCAACGGACAAAUACGCAGCCUAUGACAUUUUAAGCAAGACUUUCAAAUGAACCGAACUUCAUUGUAUCUAAAUAAAAACUUGUUUCUUAGGUGUA